UAGUUCGUUCGUACUGUAUUUUCACAUUCUUACUUUUGGAUCAACUGUCAAUUUUUGAACGCCAAAAAAAUGGCUGAAUACGCCGAUGAAGCUCAUCGCAUAGUGGAUGCAGCCAUUGAGAAUGCCUGCAGACGAUUAGCUGAGGAAUCGGGUUUGCAAAAUAACGAGCCGAAUGGGGAUCUCAGAUACAACGAGGAUGAUAUACGUGUUGCCAAAGAGGGAAAAGACGAAUAUUUGGAUAAACUUGGGAAAAUAGAUAGUAAAACUUUUGCAGAAAUACCUAACAUAGCCUGGAUGAAUAUAGGUGAUUUCACUGUGGAUGGUGGACUGAAUAAAAUUGAAAAAUUUAUAGAGACUUGGAAGAGGGAUACAAGUUGGCUCCAUUGUAUAGACUUUCUCAAAGAAGAAGAUUUUCCUUAUAGUAAACGUUAUAGAUAUGAAGUGAAGUGGAGUAUACCAACAAGAAGAAAACCAAUACCUCGUGCAACAGCAUCAACAUACUUCACACUGGAUGUGAACAAAGUCAGGCCAAAGAACUAUCCAAUUGAGGUAUACUAUGUAUUCGAAGGCCAUCAACUUGUCCACAGGCCUGGAAAGAGCAGAUUUAACGAAAAGUGGUUGAAAAGUAUAAUAGAGAGUAAAGUGCGUUUAAUGCAGUCCAUCACCUUUUGAGAUAUUCUAACAUUGUGGUAUUGGU